AUGUGGUUGAUUAACGUCAAUACACUUGAGCUGGAGGACUUCAUCGAGCCGGACUUCCCUUACGCCAUCCUCUCUCAUACCUGGGGCAGCCAAGAAGCGCUAUCAAUUCAAUGUCCCGCUGGUACAACCGAUCAUGGGUCUGUCUGUUUCGCCUUCCUCUCCGAUGUGAAUGACUUGGCUAGCUCGGCCACGUUCCUCGAAAACUUGGCCGCUUCACGUUGGUUUACCCGGGGUUGGACUCUUCAAGAACUGAUUGCGCCAAAGACUAUCACUUUUUACAAUGCGUCCUGGCAGCUGCUUGGUUCAAAGGAGACUUUGUCCCCCUUUUUGUCGUCCAUCACAGGCAUCGACGAGGCCAUCCUCAUUGGCAAGGCGCCUCUACUCAAGGUCCCCGUCGCAACUCGCAUGUCUUGGGCCUCGAAACGCCAAACUACUCGGACAGAGGACUCUGCCUAUUGCCUGCUUGGAAUCUUCGACAUCAACAUGCCCUUACUAUACGGCGAAGGCGAGAAAGCGUUCGCGCGGCUGCAGUCUGAGAUCCUACAAGACACAAACGAUCUAUCUAUACUCGCCUGGACCUCAACACUUUGGAAUUGCAAAGUACCAGAUUCAAGAACGCGAUAUUCAUCUCUGUUGACACCCGGCCCUUGGGCGGGAAUCCAGUCGAGAUCUUCCAGGCAGAACCUCAAGCGCUUUGGGAUGGGCUGA